AUGUACGGCUGGUUGCUGCUCCUGCUGUGGGCGCAGCUCCCCCGGGCGGCGCCGGGGGGCUCGGGCAGCACCUUCCCGCACCGCACGCUCCUCGACUCGGAGGGCAAGUACUGGCUGAGCUGGAGCCCGCGGGGCAACCAGCUCGCCUUCCGCCUCGAGGUGCGCACCGCCGGCUACGUGGGCUUCGGCUUCUCGCCCACGGGGGGCAUGGCUGCGGCCGACAUCGUCGUGGGCGGGGUGGCCCAGGGGCGACCCUACCUCCAGGAUUAUUUUACAGAUGAAAACAGAGACUUGAAAAAGGAUGCUCAGCAAGACUACCACCUGGAAUAUGCCAUGGAAAAUAGCACACACACAGUAAUUGAAUUUACCCGAGAGCUGCAUACAUGUGACAUGAAUGACAAGACCAUAACAGAGAGCACCGUGCGAGUGAUCUGGGCCUAUCACCAUGAGGAUGUGGGAGAAGAUGGUCCCAAGUACCACUACUCCAACCGUGGCACCAAGAGCCUGCGGUUACUGAAUCCGGAGAAAACCAAUGUAUUGUCUACGGCCACACCAUACUUUGACCUGGUAAAUCAGGACGUCCUCAUCCCAAAGAAAGAUACAACAUAUUGGUGCCAGAUGUUUAAGAUCCCUGUGUUCCAGGAAAAGCAUCAUGUAAUAAAGGUGGAGCCUGUGAUACAAAGAGGCCACGAGAGUCUGGUCCAUCACAUCCUGCUCUAUCAGUGCAGCAGCAACUUGAACGACAGCGUCCUGGACUACGGCCAUGAGUGCUACCACCCCAACAUGCCCGAUGAAUUCUACACCUGCGAGACCGUGGUGGUUGCUUGGGCCAUUGGUGGAGAGGGUUUUUCCUAUCCGCCGCAUGUCGGGCUAUCCCUCGGCACCCCAUUAGAUCCUCUUUUUGUGCUUUUGGAAGUUCAUUAUGACAAUCCGGCAUAUAAGGAAGGCUUAAUAGAUAACUCUGGACUGAGGUUAUUUCAUACAACAGACAUAAGGAGAUAUGACGCCGGGGUGAUUGAGGCGGGCCUCUGGGUGAGCCUCUUCCAUACCCUCCCUCCAGGCAUGCCUGAGUUCCAGUCCGAGGGUCACUGCACUCUGGAAUGCCUGGGAGAGGCUCUGGAAGCUGAAAAGCCCAGUGGAGUCCACGUGUUUGCCGUUCUUCUCCAUGCUCACCUGGCUGGCAGGGGCAUCAGGCUACGUCAUUUUCGCAAAGGGAAGGAAAUGCGAUUACUUGCUUAUGAUGACAAUUUCGACUUCAAUUUCCAGGAGUUUCAGUAUCUAAAGGAAGAGCAAACAAUCUUACCAGGAGAUAAUCUAAUUACUGAGUGUCGCUACAACACGAAAGAUAGAGACAUGAUGACUUGGGGAGGACUAAGCACCAGGAAUGAAAUGUGUCUCUCAUACCUUCUUUACUACCCAAGAAUUAAUCUUACUCGAUGUGCAAGUAUUCCAGACAUUAUGGAACAACUUAAGUUCAUUGGUGUUAAGGAGAUCUACAGGCCAGUCACGACCUGGCCUUUCAUUAUCAAAAGCCCCAAGCAAUAUAAAAACCUUUCCUUCAUGGAUGCAAUGAAUAAGUUUAAAUGGACCAAAAAGCAAGGUCUGUCCUUCAACGAGCUUGUCCUUAGGCUACCGGUGAAUGUGAGAUGCUCCAAGGCAGACAAUGCAGAGUGGUCGACCCAAGGGAUGACAGCGGUACCUCCAGAUAUAGAAAGACCAUACAGAGCAAAAUCUUUGGUGUGCACCUCUCCUUCCUCAUCUCCACACAGAAACUCCUCUCUCCAGCUGCUGGCGUGCUUCACGGUCCUGGGCAGCAUACUGAGCUGCUUAUACUUGUCCUAAUUCUUCAGUCCUCGGUGCUGAUGUUCUCUUUCUCUGGGAUCUGAAACUGUCAUUAAACAUGAAAGUUAAACCACUUUGGGCAUGAGGAGCA